GCAGCAGUGAGCGGCCUCUGGUUCCGGUGGCCUCUGAGAAACAUUGGUCUAGUCUCGCGAGAUCCGACGAGUUGCACUUUCUUCUCGUCCAGCAUGGCCACGCUGUAUGAGGGAUACACGUUGUGCGGACUUGUUCCAGCUCAAAAUCUGUCACAUUCAGGCAUUCAGGGGAUCGAAGCGGAGAGAGACAGCGACCAUGUCGUCGUCACUGACUCAACCAGAUCCGUUACGCUGUACAAGGUUUCAGACCAGAAGCCGCUGAGCAGCUGGACGGUGAAACAAGGACAGACCCUGACCUGUUCAGCCGUCUACAACUCACAGACCAAGGAAUAUGUGGCAGUCUCAGACAGCAAGGUGAUCAGAAUUUGGAAGGAAGAAGACGUACUCUUAGAUAAGGCCUUCAAAGCAACUGUGUCAUCAGAUGUCUGGAGGGUCCACUGUGUACUUGGCGGGAACCCUGUGGUCUUGUUCCAGAGAGGAGCUGUGCGACUCCUGGACUCUCUCCUCUCUGCUCCCCAGCAGCCCAUAGAGGAAGUCCUGGCUCAAGAGGAGGCCAUUAGGUGGAGCACCAACAUAGUUGCAGAGUCACAGCAGUUUGUCAUCUUCACAACUGAACAGAAAGGAGAUAAUUUCCUCUACCUGCAGAGAUUGAAUCCCAACACCCUACAGAGGUACCGGCUGGAGAGAGAGGAGCCUGGUCUUUCCCCGCUCAGCUUCUCUGCCUCCUACAGGGAUAAACACAUCCGCCUGCUUUAUCUCUACCCCAAUGGUCAUGUGUACCAGAGUGUAGUCUCUGUGCGGGGCCUGGGGGCUGACGAGGGGGCCCAGGCUCUUCCGCUGCCCCGUAGCCUGCUGCUGGGUCUUCCUGUUGGUGAGGGCCUGCUAGAGGCAGCAUCAGCCCUGGUCCUGGAUGAAGCCCAUGUAGCUGUUGUGGGGGUUCCACACCCCUCUGCCGGAGCUGGUAAAGACUUCCUCUGCAUCUGGAAUACCAAUUUCCAGACGCUUCAGGCAGGAAAAGAGAUGGCGGGUAAAAUCUACGGACAGGCCAAGGUUCCCUGUCCUUCCAGCUGCUGGGUGCUGAUGGAGGACUGUAUGACUUUGCUAUGGGGUUAUUCCAACAAGUUAUUCAUCCCACAUGGAAAAAACCUCUCUAUUAUUCCAUAUGAGUGCCCCAAAUCUUCCCUGGCCUCUGCCUUGGGAAAACUAAAGCAGGCCAAGACUGAAGAGUCCAAAGCUCCAGCUUCUGUACCAUCUUGGAAUAGCAUUCUGCAUGGAGAGAAAGCUCAGCCCUCUAGAACUAUGGAGACCAGGAAGACGAGAACAAACCGUAAGACCCAGUCAGCACCUAGUUUAACAAUUGACCGAGUUUUGGAGCUCAUCGAGACAGCGCCAGUAGAAGAGGUCCAGAAAGAGGUGGAGGGGCUUCUCUCUAGGUCAGACAUCCUGGACCUGCAGCCCUCAGUGGGGCAGCUAGCAUCAACCCUUGUGUCCCGGAGCCUGGCUGAUCCAGCCUUCUACACCCCUAGCACCCUGGCACAGCUAGUGCACACUCAGUCCCUCUGCCACAGUGUGUGUCCUGACCUUGUGCUCCUGGCCCUGGAGAGGAAGGAUUACUUUCUGUGUCAGCUCUGCUUACAGUUCUUCCCCGACAUCCCAGAAGUUGUCACCUGCGCCUGCCUUAAGGCCUUUAUCAGUAUGCCAGACGUCGAUGCAGAGAAAGUGAGCCUAGGGCCUGAUAGUGUCUCCUUCAUGGAAACUCUAAUCGCUGGGGGGCAUGGCCAGGUUGGCUUGCAGAAUGGUUUCAGCCCCGCCACCUUUAAUGAGGACCGCACAGAUGCCCUCAGCGGAGGUGGCACCGUCAUUAAGACCAGAGCAGAAGACAAGGAGAAAACCUCAACUCCACCAGAACAGAUCUGUCCAGUGGGAUUACACAAGGCUGUUCUACUAAAUGAGGUCCUGCAGACGGCGUACAGCGACACUUUCCUCCUCCCACACCUAAAAGAUCUCUCCUCCCAACAUGUUGUUCUUUUCCUCCAGUACCUGCAGUUCCUUUACCUAAAAUAUUCUCAAGAUGCUUUCCCACAGAUGAAUGGAUUGAGAUCACCAAGUCUGACUCAGAUCAUGGAUUGGGUAUGCUUGAUGUUGGACGCCCAUUUCACAGUGUUAGUGAUGACUCCAGAGGCCAAAAGCUUACUGCUGAACCUCCACAGCUUUGUUAAGUCUCAGGUGAGACUGGUUUCUGAGCUUGGAAAGAUCGAGGGCAGCCUCCAAGAGCUCAAUAAGAUGAAGGUGAAGAAGGAAGUCGGAAAAUACUCCAUUGAAGUCAUUGAGCUGUUUUAGAAUGUGUACAAUAUAUAUACUUUUAAUUAAUCAUUGAGCAUAUUGUCUCCUUCCAACUUUUCACCUGUAGUGGUUUCAAGGUUGUAUACUUGUCCCAAAUGGUAUAACAUUAACGUUUUGGCACAGAUGCUAGCCACUGAAGAUGCAUGAGUUUUACUGUAAAUGAAAAGAAUUCUUGAUGUAAUUUAGGCAUUGAAUAAGUUGCAGAUGCCUUUGAACCAGGUUUUAAACUUGUUAAAGCUGAUGAACAUUGGACCAUUCAGAUAAUAUGGUUUGAAUGAUAAAUUAAGUCUGCUCAUAUGCCAAAGUGGUUAAUAAUGGGUUUGUAAAAUGCAAGCCACCUAAUACAACAGCAUGGCAAUAGUUUGUAACAUUCAUAAUGGGACUCUUGGGACACUUAACUGAGAGUGAAUUGCUUUUUUUUUUUGUAUGUGUCCUAACAACUGAAUAUUUGUAAAUCUGUCAGCUGUGAUUUUGUACUGGCUUCUCCACAAGAAAGCCUUUUAUGUUGAAUACAAAUAUAUAAUGAUGAGAAAACUGUAAA